AUGUUCCCUUCCUUCCUUCCUUCCUUCCUUCCUUCCUUCCUUCCUUCCUUCCUUCCUCUCUUUUCCUUCCUUCCUUCAAUCAUUCAUUCAUUCCCUUGUUCGUAUUCUUUUCUUACUGUUUUUGUGCCAUUUCAUUUUUUCAUUUCUUUCGAUCCCAUAUUUCUAUUCUUCCUUCUAUUAUUCCUAUUCUUCAUGAGUUUGUUCCCUUCCUUCCUUCCUUUUUAUGUCCUCUCUCAAUCUUCCAUUUCGUUCUAUCCCUUUUUAUGCCCUCUCUCUUUUCCUUCCUUCCUUCCUUCCUUCCUUCUUUUCUUCCUUCCUUCCUUCCUUCCUUCCUUCCUUCAUUCCUUCCAUCCUUCCUUCCUUCCUUCUUUCCUUCAUUCCUUCCUUCCUUCCUUCCUUCCUCAUAAUCUUCCUUUCUUCUUCCUUCCUUCCUUCCUUCCUUUUAUCUUCCUCCAUUCCUCUAAUAUUUUCUCCUUUCUUUUUUCCUUUCCAUUUAGCCCAUAUUUUCUUUAUUCAUUCUUUUCUCUCCUUCCUUCCUUCCUUCCUUCCUUCCUUCCUUCCUUCCUUCCUUCCUUCCUCUUUUGUCUUAUACUCUUCAUUUCUUUUUCCUUCUUUCUUUCCUUUUCAUUAUUCCUUUCUGAGUUUUUAUCUUCCCUUUCAUUCUACCUUCUUUUUUCUUUCCCUUUCAUCCACAUUUUCCCAUAUAUCUGUCCUUCAUUCCUUCUUUUGUGCUAUCGCCAUUAA